GGGUUACAAUCUUAUCUUCGUAUUGGACUUCAAUUGAUCCCAAAGAAAAAUAUAGAGAGAGAGAGAAUGUGGUGGCGGCGGCGCCCGAGACCAUGAGAACUACAGCACCUUCCGAUUUCAUUUUCACCCAAAAGCUUCACCCUUUCAACAUCACCUCCACCAAAACCUCCCUCCAACGAACCCUACCCUAUUUUCUCCAACUCAAUCGCAUGGCCGAGGCUGCACGAACCGCGCAUAAACCCGCGCCGCACCCGAUCCAACCCAAACCCGACGAUAAAACCCCGAAUCCGGCGAAGGAGAUUCCGCCGCCGCCGGAGAAGCCGGAGCCCGGCGAUUGCUGCGGCAGCGGGUGCGUCCGAUGCGUCUGGGAUGUGUACUACGACGAACUCGAAGAAUACAAUAAGCGAUACAAACAGGUCGAUCCCAGCCCCAAACCUUCUUCGUAAUCUUCAACAUCGCUUGGAUUAGCUUUAUUAAUUUAUUUAUAUUACAUCCUAAUUUUAAAAAGCUUUGGGUAUUUCUUGAUUUCGUGAAUUGUCCCUUUUUAUCAAAAAGGAUCGAAAUGUUGUAUGUGGAAUUAUACAUGUAGAAUAAACUGAUUUUUUUAAAAAAAAUGCCAGGGCUAAAAUGUACGAUUUAUAUAAUCCCGAAGAUUAAUUCGGAGAUUUACUUCUCAGAUCGCAUAAUUUCCAAGUUUUUUUGGUAAUAGUACGCUGUGUUUUUUCUUUCA